CAACAAUGAGAGAGCGACUGGCGGGUACCACACACGCACCUCCAAACUCAUUACCCUGCUGUUCUCGCUUAGGUGCGGGUGUGACAGUGUUCAGUAUAGCAGUGGGAGAGCAGCAAGAUGUCUGUACUAGUGCUGGGAGCUGUGCUACCCCUACUGGUUUCUCUGGUGGGAGGUCAGCAGCGGAUACAGACGGUGGAGGUGGCAGAUUCUCGGUACUUUAUCUCAAAUGCGUCACCCUACUCACCACAGCUGAACUGGUUCCUGGCCUAUGAGUACUGCCACACCAUUGGUAUGGAGCUCCUCAGCUUUGAGAGACUUGAAGAAACACAACAAAUCGAUGAAUUCCUUAAAGCUAAUGGCCAUGCUAAAAGUGCUUACUGGACAAGCGGUAACCAGCUGGGGUCAGCUAUGUGGAUCUGGAUGAGCACUGGCCAGCCCUUCAACAGCACCUUCAAUUUCUGGGCAGCAGGAGGCCCACCACUUGUCAAGUCACAGCAGUCAUGCAUGAGCACAGAGGGAAGUAUCUGGUCAGCAGAGAACUGCAUGGAUAACAAACACUUCAUCUGCGAGCAGACUCGGUGUUUCUACUAUAACUAUGUGACUACAAACCGCGCCACGACUCAGGGAAAUACAACCAUAUUGCCUGGAGUUACUCAAGUUUCAAACAGAGCAGUUCUUCACUUGGUCAAAAAAAUAACACCUCAUCCAUCUUCAGGAAGUACUAUACAGGAGCAGCAACAGGAUGAACAAAUACAAAAGGAAAAGGAAUCACAGCCUAAUCCCACUGCACCUUCACCAUCUGCUUCUAUUCAGUCACUCAUUACUAAGAGCAGAGCUUCAAUCCCAUCUGUCACUGCCUUCACUACUCCAUCAUCUUUGAAAAUAAUGACAUCUCCACAGCCAGAUAUCAAUGAGACAAUUACAACAACUACUGAGCAACUCAUUAAGAUAAUGCCACCCACAACUGAACUGCAACAGAUCAAAGUAAUGCCUGCAGCAGAACUGAAGCCAGAGAAUCCUGCAAAUGCAACUUAUACCAAUGAGAUAAUCCCCAAUCACCAAAUUUCUCCUUUACAAUUGCUACAGCCACCAACAAAAGAGUUUACCCCUAGUGAGCCAGAGCGAGAGAAGCACACUAAUAAAACACUUGCAGGGAUCCUCAGUAGGAAAGAAACAUUUAGUUGGGCUCUUAAAGAUGACACCUCACACUGAUUUUUAAAGGUUCAUAAAUAUAAAUAGAAAAAUGCUCAUUUAUCAUCUGUCACAUAUACAGUGGACCCCCGGUUAACGAUAUUUUUUCACUCCAGAAGUACGUUCAGGUGCCAGUACUGACCGAAUUUGUUCCCAUACGAAAUAUUGUGAAGUAGAUUAGUCCAUUUCAGACCCCCAAACAUACACGUACAAACGCACUUACAUAAAUACACUUACAUAAUUGGUCACAUUCGGAGGUAAUCGUUAUGCGGGGGUCCACUGUAUAUACAUUUUGUAUUGAUGAUACUGCUUUGCAUAUUAUCAUUUUUAUUACUUAAUAAACUGUACUUCUGUGUUGCUUGCAAUAGUGUAGCUUUGAAUUUUUGACAGAAAAUCAGGUAAUUACAGUGCAGAUCUACUCCAUUUCAAAAAUAAUGCAAACUUUGGAGAGGAAAUUUUAAACACUGUUUUGGUCCAUAAUUUAACAUUAUCAAGUCACAACCAAGCAAGAAAAUGGGGAGAAAACCAGAAAACAAGUAUGUAAAAAGUAAGUGAAAGAAAAAUUAGAAAACUGAACAGAUAACAAAAAUACCAGAAAACAAGCCAGGAGGUGAGAAGCAGUAGUAACUGCACACACACCCACUCUACAGACCCUUUUGUCACUUAUAUUCCAAUGAAACUGGUGUGCUUGCCACACAAGAAUGCAAUUUCAAAUUUUAUGCAAACCAGCAGUGGUAUGCAUUUGUCUCUUGCUCUGUGAGAAAGCAUGCUAAAUUACUUGGUGGUAUUAUACACGUUCUCUGUUUAUACAAUAUAUUUUUAAAGGAAUUUACAGUAAACCCUAGAUUUAACUGACAAACAGGGAUGAGUGGGUGGCUGGUAAUGAUGAUUGUAGUGGAUAGAGAUGAGGUUGCCUUGCUAUGAUUUUAACAAUAACAGAUAAUUCUGUAGCCAGUGGACUUUCUCCACUGUUUCCGAAACAAUAGGCCCAGUAGAUUUUGUUUCACAUUUCUUAAGCCCUUUAAAUAGAGAUUUGUUAAACUGAAAAUUUACUAUAUGCAUUUUUUUUUUUUCAACAAGUCGGCAGUCUCCCACCGAGGCAGGGUG